UUGUUCCCGUAUUUUAAGCUCAGCUAGGAGCUCUUUCACUAUUCAUCCCACUGUAGUGGUACUCUCAAGUCAAGUGCGAGCACGUACUAGCUCGUAUAUAAACCUCCACCACCUGCUAGCUUCGACUCCGAUGGCGGGCAACGAGGGGCUGAUCGAGCCCGCGCCGGCGCCCGAGCUCGCGCUGCUGCCGCAGCCGCAGGCGUCGGCGCAGGGGGCGACCCCCGCGAGCGCGCGGACGAAGCCGCGGGGCCGGCCGCCCGGGUCGAGGAACAAGCCGAAGCCGCCGGUGGUGGUGGUGCGGGAGAGCGCGGGGGCGAUGCGGCCGGUGGUGCUGGAGCUGGCCGCGGGCUGCGACGUGGCCGGCGCGGUGGCGGCCUUCGCGCGGCGCCGCGGGGUGGGCGUGUCCGUGCUCUGCGGCCGCGGCGCGCUCGCCGCCGUCACGCUGCGGCUGUCGACCUCGGCAGGUACCUCACGCGCGGUCCGGCUGGAUGGGCGGUUCGACGUGCUGUCGCUCUCCGGGACGGUGCUGCCGGCGGCCGGCGAGGGCGCGGGCGCGGCCCCGACGCCGUUCUCGGUGUCGCUCGCGGGGGGCGACGGGCAGGUGGUCGGCGGCACGCUCGCCGGGGAGAUGACGGCCGCGGACGGCGGCGUCGUGCUGGUGGCCGCCACGUUCGUCACCGCCGAGGUGCACCGGCUGCCCGCGGUGGAGGCGGAGGCGGCGGUCGAAGGCGAUGAUGGCCGGGGCGGUCGUCAGGAGGAGGAGAAGCGCCCACCAACAUCACCCCCGCCGCCUCCGCAGCAGCAGCAACACCAGCAGCAGGCGAUGGUGGCCGCGAGCGCCGCCGACGUGGGCCACGUCGCUGCCUACGGCGGAGUUCCGGGCUGGGGCCCCGGCGGCCAUCCAGGCCAGGUGGGGCACUACGCGCAGCAUGCCGAGCAGAUGCUCUCGCCGUGGGGCGUGUUCCCAGACUCACGCGCCGCCCCGAACCAUCCUGCGAGCUCGAGUCAUCACCAUUACUUGUAGUAUCAUCACCGUUCACGUUCGUCCUCCUGUUACAUACGGGGAAGUAGAUCGUUGUUGCCAACAUCUUUUUGGGUCUGUUUUAAUUAGUACUCCUACUCUAGUCCGUAUCACAUUGUGCGAGUUGUGCGAUCGAGCAGUAUAUGCAAUGGUUUCUGGUAGUGCAUGCAAAAGAUGGCAGGUGGUUGCGAAGAAAAAUGAGCAUGAGA